AUGUCAGAAUAUGAAGUUUGUGCUCGAGGACCGUUAAAAAUAAAAGGAGAUUCAAAUGUAAAAAAGAAGAAUAAAAAAAAAGAUAAAAAGAAAUUAUUAGAACAAGUAUCGAAAAUAGUUGAAACGGUUGAAAACGAUGCACAAAGACCACAAAAUGAAUUCGAAUUGACAAAAGCAGAAAUUGCAUUUAAAAAACAACAAGAAAAAAUGCAAGAAGAAAGAAUAAAAAAGAAAGCUUCAAUGUCACACAAGCAAAGAGUAGAAGAAUUUAAUAAACAUUUAGAUUCAUUAACAGAACAUUUUGACAUACCAAAAGUGAGUUGGACGAAAUGA